GCAGUGAAGUGAAGGCAGCAGCAUUUCGCACUGACUUCAGCACUGUUUUUGGUGUUUAUGUGUGUGAGUGUGUGUGUGUGCAUGCACACAUGUAUUUUUAAUCUGUUUCUUUGAAUUUAAACCAACAAACAAACAUGGGGAAGAAAUCCACAAAAAGAUGUGAUUGUAGAGCUGUGUUGAGGAAGAACUGGUUGCUCAUGAGCACAAUUCUCGCUGUAGUCUUAGGUAUUGUGACCGGGAUUCUGGCACGUGAAUUUGCUGUUUUGUCGAACCUAGACAAAUUUUACUUUGGCUUUCCUGGAGAGAUCCUAAUGAGAAUGCUGAAGCUGAUCAUUUUACCUUUAAUUGUCUCCAGUAUGAUUACAGGAGUUGCUACCUUGGAUUCGGAUGUUUCUGGGAAAGUUGGAGUGCGGGCAGUGAUAUAUUAUUUUUCCACCACUAUAAUUGCUGUAAUUCUAGGAAUUGUGUUGGUGAUGACCAUUAAACCCGGUGUCUCCCAAAAAGCUGAAGAAAUUGACAGGAGUGGAAGUACCCCAGAGGUCACCACUGUGGAUGCGUUGCUAGAUCUCCUUAGGAAUGCAUUCCCAGAAAACCUGGUGCAGGCUAGCUUUCAACAGUAUAAAAGCAAACGACUAGGAAUUGAACCUGUAAACAAUGCCAGUAUUCCCACUAGCCCAAUGGUUAACGUUGUUAUGACAACACAAAUGAAUGAGACUAAGAUCAGUGACUACAAAGUGAUUGGUGCAUACUCUGAUGGAAUAAAUGUACUGGGCCUCAUUGUCUUCUGCCUAGUAUUUGGGAUUGUCAUUGGACAGAUGGGCGAAAAAGGCAAAAUUCUGCUAGAUUUCUUUGAUGCAUUGAAUGAAGCAACCAUGAAAAUUGUACAGAUUAUUAUGUGGUAUAUGCCAAUAGGUAUAUUAUUUCUUAUUGCUGCAAAAGUAAUGGGAGUGGAUGACUGGGAAAUUUUCCGUAGACUUGGCCUUUAUAUGGCAACAGUUCUGACUGGAUUAGCCAUCCAUGGUGGAAUUAUUCUUCCUAUGAUCUAUUUCAUUGUGGUUCAGAAAAAUCCCUUUAUAUUCGUUGGAGGAAUGGCUGAGGCAUUGUUGACUUCUGUCAUGAUCUCAUCCAGUUCCGCAACUCUGCCAGUCACAUUCCGAUGUGCUGAGGACAAAAACAAGGUUGACAAAAGGAUCACCAGAUUUGUGUUGCCGGUGGGUGCCACAAUAAACAUGGAUGGAACAGCUCUAUAUGAAGCAGUUGCUGCAAUAUUUAUUGCUCAGCUAAAUGACUAUCCAUUGGAUGCAGGACAGAUAGUCACCAUCAGCAUUACAGCCACAGCAGCCAGUAUUGGAGCAGCUGGAGUUCCUCAAGCUGGGAUGGUCACCAUGGUAAUUGUUCUUACCGCAGUUGGAUUGCCUGCUAAUGACAUCACUCUGAUCAUGGCCGUGGAUUGGCUACUGGAUCGGUUUCGGACAAUGGUGAACGUACUCGGCGACUCUUUCGGAGCCGGAAUUGUGGAGAAGCUGUCCAGUAAAGAACUGCAGCAGAUGGAUCUCACAAGUGGCAUUGACAUAGUGAAUCCAUUUGCUCUGGAAACCGCUGCAUCUGAGAAGGACAAAAACAAGAUAAAGGAAGCUUACGUCAAUGGAGCAUUUGAUGUAGAUAAAACAGACUCGGUAGCUGUCACAGAAACAUCGCAAUUUUGAUUGAGUAAGGAUGAGUUGCAAAUGAGCAUUUGUGAAUAAGUUAGACAUAAGGAUGACCUUACAAAGCUGUACAUUUGAAUCUAUUCAUAAAUUUCUCCUCAUCAGUAAUGAGUACCUUAAGAUAACUUUUGAAAAUAUAAUAGACACUGGCUAUUGAAACCCUGAUAAUAAAUUGCAAAUUAUUCCUCCAUUUGCUUGCAGACAAGGUAGGAUCACUCUCCAGUCCGAAUGGAAGAGCAAGGUAGCUGUUGGUGGAACUAAUACAAAGCUAGUAUGAAUAAUCUCUCCUCCAUGAAAUUAGAACUGUGCAUUCUAUAAAAAGAUAGGAGAUGUCAAGGUGGAAUAUUGGGCACCAAUCCUAUCUCGUGAUUCAGACAAUUCUUGACUCUAUGCUUACCUCUCAAUUAGUCAACUUUAGAAUCAUUCUAGGUUGCUUAUAUGUUCUAAAUGAUGUUUCACCAUUAGCAACCUUUAACAUUAAGAUGAAAUAGUUAUAAUGAUAUCACAUAUGCAGUGAAAUCUGUUUGAAACCAGCCUCAAAGUUUACCUGUCUAGAUAUAAUUGAUUCAUGCAGUUUCAAGAAUAAAUUAUUAACCUUUUUCAUAUCCAUAUGAUAUAUGCAUUCCCUGACAUCACUAUGACUCAGGACUGAUAGUUACAAAUUGGUUCUAACUGCAUUCGUUCAUGAAAGGACAGGUCAUUUUAUUUUAUUGGAGGCAGUUCUGAGAAGAUUCACUGGGAUGAUCUCUGGUCUGGAGGGAUUGUCUAAUGAGCAAAGACAAAACAGUUGGGAGGCUACUCUCUGCAGUUUAGGAGAAUGAGAGGUGAUCUCAUUGAAACAUCCAGGAUUCUUAAGGAGCUCGACAGGGUCAAUGCUGAGAGAAUAUUUCCCCUCAUGGGAGAGACUGGGACCAGAGGACAGUCUCAGUAUAAGGCAGUGCCAAUUUAAGACCGACAUGGGCAGAAGUUCUUCUCUGAAGGUUAUGAGCCUUUGGACUCCUUGCUACAGAAAGAUGUGGAGGUAAUAUCUUUGUGUAUAUUUAAGGCUGAGAUAGAUUCUUGACCAGUAGAGGGGGGGUUACUGGGAUAAGGCAGGAA